AUGUUUGUUCCCGACCACGGUCACACCAUAGUUCUCUAGUGACAUGAAUGAAAAGCAUUUGGAAUGCCACCUCAACCUCUCAACCCAACAAAAUCAUCAGGGCCUCCCGUUGUCGUCCCUGGAACUGGCAGAAACAUCAUCCUGAAUCCUCUUCAGAGGGGAAAUCCCAUUCUUGAACACGUCAAGAAUGUUGGAACAGAAUACGGUGAUAUCGUAGCGGAUUAUCAGGUUGGACGAACAACUGGUGUACUGUACCUUAGCUUGAAAUAUCAUCGGCUACAUCCAGAAUAUAUAUAUACUCGCAUCGAAAAGCUUGGACACAACUACGGUCUUCGAAUUCUUUUGCUCCUAUGCGACGUCACACAGCAUAAAGACCCUAUACGAGAAUUAACCAAGGUUUGCUUGAUCAACGAAAUUACAAUCAUCGUAGCUUUUUCCCCUGAAGAAGCUGGACAUUACCUCGCCACCUUCAAGCAGUUUGAAUUCAAACCGCCGACACUCAUCAAAGAACGCGUUGACAAAGACUACAAUUCAAUGCUCCGUACAUCCCUAACAGGUAUCAGUAGAGUGAACAAGACCGACGUCGAAACACUACGUUCGUCUUUUGGGAGCGUUGCCGCCAUCGCAAAAGCCAAUACAGAACAACUUUCCAAUCUGCCAGGUUUUGGACAGGUGAAAGUGAAGAAUAUCAAAAACGCAUUUGAAAAGCCUUUCCGCAAUCAUGCUACAGAUACUCUCGCACCGAUGUUAGCAUUUCAGGCCAAGGAUACGGAAUUGUUGAACAACAACCAGAUAAUGGAAACGGAUGUCUCUACUCGUAGUCAAGAGAAGGGCAAAGGGAAGGAAAAAGAGACCUUAGCUCAAGUCGACAGUCCCCCCUGGGAUAUAGAAUCCCAAGAGCUUGAUGGCGAUAGAGGUCGCGCACCCUCGGAACCUUGGGAUAUCGAGCUUGAUCUGAACUGA